GACGGCGUCCGCGCCCGACCCGAAGGGGAAGCCAACCAUAAGGCAGUGUGGCCGCGGCCGGAUCUUUGGGCCGCUAUCUGAUGUACUAUGCUUUCUUGUGAUAUUUGUGGUGAAACAGUAACCUCAGAACCAGACAUGAAGGCUCACCUCCUAAUUGUUCACAUGGAAAAUGAAGUUAUAUGUCCAUUUUGCAAGUUGUCAGGCGUGAAUUAUGAUGAAAUGUGUUUUCAUAUUGAAACUGCUCAUUUUGAGCAAAAUGAACUAGAAAGAAGCUUUGCAAGGAUCAAUACAAUACAGAUUAGAACUUCAGAUAACAGGAAAGACAACACCUUACAGUGUAGAAUGGAAGUUAAUUCUAGUGUCCAUUCAGCUUGUGCAUCUAAUCAUCCAAAAAUUUCAGCUCAAAGCCUGCCUAAUGAUGGUACUUUAAAACAUAAAGCCUUUUAUUCGGAGAACUUAACUGAAUCUAGAAAAUUCCUUAAAAGUAAGGAAAAAGAGUAUGACCCAUCUAAAAUAAAAGGAUCAAUUUAUGAAACAACGUAUAGUCCUCCCGAAUGUCCGUUCUGCGGAAGAAUAGAAGAUUGUAGUCAAGAUAUGGAAAAUCAUGUGAAAACAAAGCAUGCUGAUCUUUUAGACACUCCAUCAGAAGACCAUGAUCAACCACUGUAUGACUGUCCUAUGUGUGGGCUCAUCUGUACAAAUUACCAUAUUCUCCAGGAACAUGUUGACUUACAUUUGGAAGAAAGCAACUUUGGACAAGGCAUAGAUAGAGUCCAAUGUUCUAGAGAUCUAGAAUUGGCUCACCAGCUUCAACAAGAAGAAGACAGAAAGAGGAGAUCUGAAGAAUCACGACAAGAAAUGGGAGAAUUUCAGAAGCUGCAGAGACAAUAUGGUUUAGAUAAUUCUGGAGGAUACAAACAACAGCAACUACGAAAUAUGGAGAUAGAAGUCAAUAGGGGAAGAAUGCAUCCAUCUGAAUUUCAUAGAAGAAAAGCUGAUAUGAUGGAAUCGCUAGCUAUUGGUAUUGAUGAUGGAAAAACAAGAACUUCUGGAAUUAUUGAAGCACUUUACAGAUACUAUCAGAAUGCGGCCACAGAUGUGAGGCGCGUGUGGCUUUCCACAGGGGUGGAUCACUUUCAUUCAUCUUUUGGUGACAAAGGUUGGGGUUGUGGUUACCGAAAUUUCCAGAUGCUACUUUCAUCAUUACUGCAAAAUGAUGCUUAUGACGAUUGCUUGAAAGGUAUGUCAAUUCCUUGCAUUCCAAAAAUUCAGUCUAUGAUUGAAGAUGCGUGGAAGGAGGGUUUUGAUCCUCAGGGUGCCUCUCAACUUAAUAACAGGUUACAGGGAACAAAGGCCUGGAUCGGAGCAUGUGAAGUAUAUACACUUCUGACCUCCCUAAGGGUAAAAUGCCGCAUUGUUGAUUUUCAUAAGUCAACGGGUCCUUUGGGUACACAUCCUCGUUUAUUUGAAUGGAUAUUGAACUAUUAUUCUUCAGAGAGAGAAGGGAGUCCAAAAGUAGUGUGUACCUCUAAACCUCCAAUCUAUCUUCAGCAUCAAGGUCAUAGUCGAACAGUUGUUGGAAUUGAAGAGAGAAAAAACCGAACACUAUGUUUACUAAUAUUUGAUCCCGGAUGUCCUUCUCGAGAAAUGCAGAAACUGUUAAAGCAAGACAUGGAGGCUAGCAAUCUCAAGCAACUUCGGAAAUUUGUGGGAAAUUUAAAACAUAAGCAAUACCAGAUAGUGGCAGUAGAGGGUGUUCUUUCUUCAGAGGAGAAAGUUGCCAGGAGACAAGCUUCUCAAGUUUUCACAGCCGAGAAGAUUCCUUGAAGAAUUAAUUAAGCAUUGCCGUGAUCAUGGAAUUUUACUUUAUUUUCCAAAUUCAGAUAUUAAGGUCCCUAAUACAGCUUACGAAUCUGAAUUCUUUACUCAACUUAUAUUUUAAUUUCUAAAACAUCUAAAUCACACCUCUUGUACCUCAUUGUUUAGUAACUAUUUCAAUAAACAAUUUUGUUUGCAUUAUGA